CCAGAUCCGACGCUGAAACAUGCUAUUCCCUCCCUCCACAUUUCUUUCUUCUUUUUAAUCAGAAGUUAUAUUUAAGCUUUUAAUUGCUUCAGCCUUAUUAAGCUGCUCCUUUUAAACAAGCGGUUGCAUGUAUUUCCCUGGCAUAGGGAAAUCCCUCCGACUGUAGGUUCAUAUUAUUUAGACAAGCACUCUUUCAGAAGUAAAUGCCAUUCUUAGCAUAGGGAAGUACUUUAGGUCUAAAGGGGUUAAGAAGGCCUCCCUUCCAUUCAGAAACAUGCAGGGGUCCCACCGUGGCAGUUCCAGCCUUAAAAGUCUUUCCAGCUUUUUUUCCCCCCUUGUAACAAAUCUGUACGACUGCCACCAGGACAUAAGAAGCGUGUGCCUGUCACAGAAAUAGAGUUUACUUUUUCCAACUUGUUGUACAGAGGCAGGGUAUAAAUACAGCUAACUCUGGCUUGGACUGAGAGCCUUUUGCUUAAAAUAAGGGGGCUCCUUCCCAAGACUUUUAAUCCAACACAGUCCAGAGCAAACUACGCCAUCGAGCAAGUUGGAAAAGGAAGCCUGCAGGAACUUAAAGAAAGCAGGUGUAGUUGGGGUCCUUUGUUUUGUUUUUGCUUAAUUUUUUUUAAAAUCCAGGCACAGACACACCCAGAUCCCAAUCCAACUGUGGAUAUUUUAUCUGGAGCUGUCCUGAAAUGUCCUUUUUCACAUUCUUCACUCGAUGGAUAUGGAUGCUGUCUGGAGAGAGCCUUAUCCUAUUGCUUCUGGAGAUCCCCCUCAAAGGCACUGCCUUGCCUCCAAUACGGUACUCUCACGCUGGGAUAUGUCCAAAUGAUAUGAAUCCCAACCUCUGGGUUGACGCACAGAGCACCUGCAGGAGAGAAUGCGACACUGACCUGGAAUGUGAGACCUUUGAGAAGUGCUGCCCUAAUGUCUGCGGAACAAGGAGCUGUGUUGCAGCUCGGUACAUGGAUGUGAGAGGGAAGAAAGGACCUGUUGGGAUGCCCAAAGAGGCAACGUGUGACCGUUUCAUGUGCAUUCAGCAAGGUUCAGAGUGCGACAUCUGGGAUGGGCAGCCUGUUUGCAAAUGCAAAGACAGGUGUGAAAAAGAGCCGAGUUUUACUUGCGCAUCUGAUGGCCUCACCUAUUACAACAAAUGCUACAUGGAUGCAGAAGCAUGUACCAAAAGCAUUACACUCAACGUGGUGACUUGUCGCUACCACCUUACAUGGCCGAACACCAGCCCUAUCCCACCGGAGACCACAGCUCGCCCCACUACUGCCUACUUAGAGACAACCAUCACUGACAUCCUUCCACCUGUACUAGUCAACAACCCAGCCCAUCAGUCUGUCUACGUAGGUGAGACUGUUAGCUUUCUUUGCGAUGUCACUGGACGACCCAAGCCAGAAAUCACUUGGGAGAAGCAGACCGAGAGUAACGAGAAAAUCAUCAUGAGGCCCAACCACGUCCGGGGGAACAUCGUGGUCACAAACAUUGCCCAGCUGGUGAUCUACAACACCCAACUACAAGAUGCAGGCAUGUACACUUGCACUGCCAAAAACCUUGGCGGGAUUCUCAAGGCAGAUUUCCCACUGUCGGUCCUCAAAGGAGAAGCUACGUCAAUGGAAGAAGCCCAGAACAAAACCCACUUUCCAACGGACGAGUGUCUGAAGCAGCCGGACAGUGAAGACUGCGGGGAGGAGCAAACCCGAUGGUACUACGACGCCAAGAAAAACAACUGCUUCACUUUCAUCUACGGAAACUGCAACAGCAACCUGAACCACUUUGAGACCUAUGAAAACUGCAUGCUGACUUGCAUGAAUGGGCCGAUCAACAUCUGCAACUUGCCAGCCCUCCAAGGCCUCUGCAAAGCCUACGAGCCCCGGUGGGCGUACAACAGCUUGACGAAACAAUGCCAGUCUUUCAUAUACGGAGGCUGCGGAGGCAACGAGAAUAACUUUGAAAGCAGAGAGGCCUGCGAAGAGAUGUGCCCUUUCCCUAGGAACAUGCACUGCAAAGCCUGCAAGGCUUGCAAACCCCGCCAAAAGCUGGUGACGAGCUUCUGCAAAAGCGAUUUUGUUAUUCUUGGCCGCGUCACCGAACUGACGGAGGACCAGGACUCGGGACACGCGCUGGUGACCGUGGAGGAGAUUUUAAAGGACGAGAAAAUGGGGCUGAAAUUCUUGGGGAGGGAGCCUCUGGAAAUCACCCUUUUAAACAUGAACUGGAGCUGCCCGUGCCCCAACAUAACUGCAGCGGGCGGUCAGCUCAUCAUCAUGGGCGAUGUCCACAACGGAAUGGCUGUUUUGCAGCCAGACAGUUUUGUGGGGGCCUCCAGCAUCCGGCGUGUUCGGAAGCUUCGUGAGGUCAUCCACAAGAAAACCUGUGAGCUAUUAAAAGAGUUCUCAGGACUGCACUAAUACCCUGCUUGUAUCUUGUCAGCUUUCCAGAUUCCUGUAUUAUAUAGUGCUAACAAAAAAGGUAGGCUAGCCUGGAAACUUUUUUUUUAUUAUUAUUUUUAAGAAAAUAUCUCUGCUGAUUGAUGUUAUGUAUUACACAGAAGCUGUAUAUUAAUUCAUUAAUCAUGUGUAGUAAUGAGGCAGUAGCCUUUUUUGGGUGGGGAGGCAAGCAUUUAAAAUAGCAGCAAACCGCUAUUAGCAGAUUUGAAAAUGUAUCUGCCUGGAAGCGACCCCAGCAAUCGUCGCACAAUACCAACGCAGCUUUAACCGCGAAAGACCAAAUCUGUAACAUUCUGUUUGGUUCAGACCUAAAUCAACCUAACGAUCAUUGUUCUCAUUUGGAGUACAGAGACCUGUGUGAAAACCAGCUGAAAUGUAUCACAAACAUUUAAGUAGGCUGUAAGAGAGAGAAAGAAGUGUACAUUAUUGUCUAUAGUUAUGAUAAUUAUACCAGUUAAACCAA